AUAGAAGUUUGUGCUGCUGGAGUGCGGUGUGCCCUAUCUUUGCUGGGUGACGUGUAAACCUCAAUUUGACUCAUUAUUAUGUACAUCUCAACCGUAACGUGUGAUAGCUGUGCGCGCUGUGAGAAGCAAUAAAAAGCGUUCGGUGACCGCUGAUACGGCAGAUAACCGAACAACAUUGCGAGAGAAGGGUGUUCAUAUCUUCCUUAGAGAGUAAAGAUAUCUCGAAGCCCUAGAACCACGAGGACUUUGUCCAUUUGUAAAAGUGCAUUUCCAUUGGGUAUAGCUAGCGUGUACCUUCAACGAGGUGAUAUUCAUUUUCUUCUAUUUAUCAGUGACUUCUAAUAAGCCAACAUGACGGGGGAAACCGACCGAUUCGACGAUCCCCAGGUCGCGGAAACUCCCCGCCGCGCCAGGACGCCAUCAGAGCCGCUCAUCACGGCUAAGCUCUACGGGGAGGAACCACACCUGUGUGCCGACUCUCCGGAGAGCCGCUGGACCAUGGAGGACCUAACAUUUAACGAAGAGCUUUACCAGGCCAAAGAGACGGCAGAUGAGACGAAACACUACCAGAAGAACGCCACACAUCGAAACACAAGCCACCAUAUCCAUCACCACCAUCACCAUCACAAUAGCAACCAGUUACAUCCGCACCGUAACUACAACUACCAGUAUUCAAACCCGUUUGAUUACAAGAACACAAGUCACAGCGAAUUUAAGAAAUUCAUGAACAACAACAAUGAUGACAUGGACCUUAACUACCUUAGGCCACCAAGUCCAUUGAGACACCACAGAACUCGGAGCACCAGUUUGCCUUUUCUCACCCUUGCAGACUUACCAGCUCUUGAGAAACAGAGACCACUAAGAGUGGUUGUUCUAGGAGAGUCAGGAGUUGGGAAAUCAUCGUUAGCAGUGCAGUUUGUCUCUUCAUUCGGUGAUUACAAUGACUACGAAUCAGUGCUAUCUGAAAACCCAGAUGAGGUUUACGAGAAAACGAUGCAAAUUGACGGACAUGAAGUUACGGUGCAGAUUGUCGACACACCAGCCUACGGCCAGACUGAAUUCGAGGAGAGAGAGGAUGAACUCUUGCAGGGUGGCGAUGCUUACAUCUUGGUCUACUCAAUCACAAGUAGGCGGAGCUUUAAGAAAGCCAACGAGCUGAGAUUCAAACUCCAGAGGACUCAAGAAACUGAGAUGGUUCCCAUUAUCCUGGUUGGAAACAAGACAGACCUGGAGAGAUCUAGAGAGGUUCCUUUUGCAGAGGGUAAACAUUUUGCUGCACUGUUCGACUGCAAACUAAUCGAGACUUCAGCAUCGCUUUCUCACAAUGUUGACAAGCUUUUCAAUGGCGUCGUCCAGCAAAUCCGACUACGACGCGAAAGGCGUCACUCAGAGGAAGAGAUGGAGACUGGCAGUGGCGACAGCUCAGACUCACUCAAAGGAUCGCCCACACGCGAGCGACAACGAUCAUCACCGUCGAAGAAAAGCCGAAGACCGUCCAUGUUAAAAAGAGCCCGUGGUGCCAUCGGGAGAUUGCUACGGCGGAAGAGCGGCGAUGAGCCUACCCCAGGGUACCGUGCUCGGUCCAAGUCUUGUCAUGUGAUGGAAGUCCUUUAACCAGGCUACGCUGUAUACACAUGAACAUAUUCAAACUGAUUUUGUUUUUACAGUCGACUUUCAUGAGCAAACGCACGCACGCACGUACACUGCUCGAUGGUUAUACAACAUUAAUGAGAGACAUAACGGGGUAAUGAACCUCGAGAAUAUGAUGCCACAGGCCUCAGUGUGAAGGUUGGUAACCGGUUCAAGUACAUUUUCCGCACCCGCAAACCAAAGAACUGGAAAGACAUGAAAGAGAGCUGGUGUUUUAGUCCUUCAGGAUAAGACGAGUGAAGUGUUAAACGACAAGUAGUUAUGGCAGUUUUAUCUAAGAAUGAAUUAAAUGUGGCACUGGAGCAUCAAAACCAAAUUAACAACCCUUCAUGACCAUUCCAACGAUGCUCCAUAUUACCACAUUAUUACUAUUCAUUAUUUGAUUAAAGAUAUCUUUUAGAUUUUCUAAUACUAUUAUUAUAGUUAUGUAUGUUCCCAUUAUUUUCUCAAAGAUAUUUGAAUAAUUCCGUGGCGAAAACGCACUAUAUUUUCACAAACGUCCAAAAUACCACACAGAAUAAUCUGAUCCUUAAAUCCUUAAAUGAACUUGGACUUUUGAGUGUGACAACGACAUGUACAUCUAUAUGUUUAUUAUAUAUUUUGAAAAUUCAAAAUCCGCCUACGCUUUGAGGUAAAGUACAGUAAGUGCAUUAUUUAAAACUUAGACGUGGAAACGUAGUAAAUAUGGACAAUUACACAAAUUCCUAAACUGCCAAUAUGAUAUCAAUAUUUAUGCCCCAUUUUCUUGGUGAAAUAUUUCAGCAUCUAUCACACCUAAUAUCAGGGGGUGGUAUAAAACGGAUAUUAAAAUCAAUACCAUAAAGACUAGAAUACUGACACCAAUUAGUCUGACCCGGUUUGCUCAAUAACACAAUUUAUGAUCUGCUAUUGUCCACUUUGUCAUCCCCUUUAAAAAAAAAAUUGUAAGCGAGGGCCAUUAUUUCCACAUAUUUUUUUUGUUAAAAAACACUCUGGAAAGACACUUUAACCCGGUUAAAUCAAUAAUUACACUUUCGUUUCGCAAGCAAGCGCCUAAAUGCAUUUUAAAAAUUACUGCAAUUUUUUUCCACUACCAUUUCCUAUCGCAUGAAAACCUAGUCUGUAGGAAUUAUAAAUAAAGACUUGACCUAAUACCAAAAAGAUAAAAACAUACAUGCAAGAUGUUAAGAUGGUCAUGCAGAUGAUUUGCUCAAGAGUAAAGGGAACAUAUUAAAUGAAAGCAAAAUGGUGGAAGAUUGAUGGAAGUGAUGGUAGUAUGUGAAUGUUCAGACGGUUGUAGGAUGAAAAGCAUGAACAUAUUUUCAUUUGCACAUAAUCAGUUUACUAUCUUCAUAUAUACCCAAUCCGAAUGAUGGGUUUACUAAGCUUUAUAAGCUUGAGAUCAUUUCGCUGAAACUUUGAUGGUAUUCAUAUAUUUGUAUUCCAAGUUAUAUUCGCUUCAUUAUUUGCAUACAUUAACUUUGCAUCUAAGUACACUUUUGGUUGUGAGAAAUGCACUUUGAGAGUUCUUUUCGUGAUUUAAAGUAGCUUUCUUACUGACAUUUCGUAUUUGUCGUAAUCUACAUCAUAACUGUUAACGACUGAGCAUAUAUUUAUAUUCACAAUAUAGUUCUUAUUAUAUGUGACUGAUCCUGUUGUAUGUAAUCGUGGAACCAUAUUGCAUUUAUCUUUUUACCAGAAUGUGAAAUUGAUUUUUCUUCCACUUCACGUUUCUGUAUUGUCACCAAAGAAUCAAUUUACUCACCAUAGUAAAUGAUCGUUUAUGUACACUCAUACAAAAUUAAAAACGGAGGGGUAUGUGAUACUUUGGGAUAUCUCUUUAGCAUUACUCAACAUGUUCAAUGUAUUAAUUUGCAGUCAACUAAUACACUGGAGUAUGGUGAGAUUAUAAUUUUCUGCACUGUCGUGAACAAAAUUCAAACAACGGAACAAAAGUAACCAUGCAAAUCAUUGAUAUUUGAGGCUGUUGCGAUACUUUAAAGGGUGUUAAACGCACUAUUACUUUGCAACUCACUGUGAGUCUUCACUUUCAUAAAUGAUACGUGUGUCUCCUGUAUCUCUGUGUAUAUGAAGAUAUAUAUUUUUGUGUACUUUGAUUAUGAAAUGUGUCGUUUUAUAUAUCAAUGUCGAGGAAAUGUCAUCAUAUAACACUCAAAACAAUGGUGGUGUAAUGGUAAUAGACAGGAGGCGAUUUUGUUAUAUAAAGGGAAACGAGAAAGUGUUGAAAGUUUAUACAAAUGUAUGAUAAGAGAAAUAAAUUGUUUCGUACGAGAAUUUCGAAUGA